AUGAAAAACCACACAGUCGUUUCAGAGUUUAUACUCUUGGGCAUAUCAGACAACCCAAAGCUUCAAGUUAUAAUUUUUAUUUUUUUACUUCUGACUUAUGCAUUAAGUAUCACUGGCAACCUCAUCAUCAUUGUCCUCACAUUGAUAGACUGUCAUUUACAGACACCUAUGUAUUUUUUCCUCCGAAAUUUUUCCUUCUUAGAAAUUUCAUUUACCAGUGUUUCUAUCCCCAGAUUUUUAGGGUCAAUCAUUACUAAGAUCAAGACCAUUUCCUAUAAUAACUGUUUAGCUCAAUUAUUUUUCUUCAUCUUCAUGGGUGUGACUGAAUUUUUCCUUCUUACUGCCAUGUCUUAUGAUCGCUAUGUUGCCAUCUGCAAACCUCUUCAUUACACCACCAUCAUGAACAAGAAAAUCUGCACCCUGCUCGUCUUUAGUUCGUGGCUAGCAGGAUUUCUUACCAUUUUCCCACCACUCAUGCUUGUCCUCCAGUUAGAUUUUUGUGCUUCCAAUAUAAUUGAUCACUUCUCUUGUGAUUAUUUCCCCAUUUUACAACUCUCAUGCUCAGAUACUAGGGUUUUAGAGAUGAUUGGUUUUUACUUUGCCUUUGUUACUCUGCUUUUCACAUUGGCAUUAAUAAUUCUGUCCUAUAUUUGCAUCAUUAGUACUAUUCUGAGAAUUCCAUCUGCUAGCCAGAGGAAAAAGGCUUUCUCCACGUGCUCUUCUCACAUGAUUGUCAUUUCCAUUUCUUACGGAAGUUGUAUAUUCAUGUAUGUAAAGCCUUCAGCAAAUGAAAGAGCUUCACUGACCAAAGGAAUUGCUAUUCUCAACACAUCAAUUGCUCCCAUGUUGAACCCUUUUAUAUAUACCCUGAGAAACCAACAAGUAAAACAAGCUUUCAGAAACUUGGUUCAUAAAGUAGUAUUUUCUAGAAACGAAUAA